AUGGGUAAGAAAUGGCGAAGGAAAAUUUGGAAAAAGCUUGUGCUUACGGAGUUAGUAAAUAGCAUUGAAGUCACGUAUUCACGCACGUUGAGAAGAUUUGCAGUAAGUAACAAACAAAAUUUGCCUGAUUUUUCGGAUAUUGUUCAUUUAACUAUCGCUUUCCAAGGCAUUAGUCUCAGCAGUGAACAAAUGACCCUUGUAAAGAAUGCACUGAAAUGCUGGUCCGAAAAGACAAAGUCAACACCUGGUGAAAUGGCGCAUUUAUAUAUACGUAAAAAGUAUCCUAAUAUGAGACAAGAAUUUGAAAAGCAUCAAAAAUUAAGUGAAUUUUAUCAGAGUACUAUCAAUAAAAUUAUUGAUAUGGCUGUUGAAAUUAUUGGUUCAUUAGACGAUUCACUGGGUCCAUUACUGGUUAGUUAUGCAGAAGGUAGUGGAAUCCUCACUGGAAGAGACUGCUUUGACCAGUACUACUGGCAGAAAGUAUUUGAAGCAUUGUGUACACUACCCCAUCAAUUUCCAAGGCUCAAACGUCAAGAAGUAACGCUGAAUUGGCGAAUAAUUAUCUUAUUUUUAUGCUACAAAAUUGAAUAUGCCGUGCAACUGCAAAAUCAAUACGCGUACAAUCGUUAUUCUUUUGAUAAUCCAUGCUUCUGUUAA